AUGAUAGGUGGGGUGGUGGAAAAGGUGUUAUUGUUCGGAAUACCGGAGUUGGCUUCUAAUGGUAUGAAGUUAUUAGAGAUCAGGAAUCAACUCCCCAACAGCGUAGAAUAUUCACUGAAGGGCGUUUAUGUAACAGCCGAAGAUGUUGGCGUCAAAGAGGAAGAUGUAGCAGCGAUUUUUUCGAAAACCCGAUUUACAACAUGCAUUCCACCGGAAUAUGGUGGUAGCGGUAAUCCUAGUUACUCAACGGCUCGAGGAGUAGUGUGUGCUCUUGAAGCUGCAUUUUCUUAUGUUGGCAAGAAUUCUUUGCAGGAUAGCACAUUCGCUGUUCAGGCUGCGUCAAGCGGAAACACCCCUCAAGAAGUUGCCAUAAAAUUGGCCGAACAGAAAUCAUUCAAGGAGAAUCCUAUAUUCGGUCAUCGGG